GCCAUGGUCGGAGGAAGAGCAUCGGACUUUUCUGGCUGGAUUGGAGAAGCUGGGAAAAGGGGAUUGGAGAGGGAUCGCAAAAAAAUUUGUGACCACCAGGACUCCAACCCAGGUUGCUAGCCAUGCCCAGAAAUAUUUUCUCCGGCGAGCUGCCUGUGAUAAAAGGAAACGCAGGCCAAGCCUCUUUGACAUGCCUCUGGAUCCUGCGGCUCAACCUCCUAAGGUUUGUUCAGAUUCACCCCAGAAAAGGAAUGCCAAUCAGCUUUCACAGAAGGCAAGUCUGUUGAUCCAUGGAAGUUGUCAUGGCUCCUAUGGAGAUCAGACCACCAGUUUUAACUUUGGAGGAUGAUAUCUAUAUUUUAGAUAUAGUGGUACAGAAACAACUGCAUUUCAAUUAUCAGCAAUGGGGUUUCUUGUGAUCUAUUGCAGGUUAAUAUUUCAGCUCAUCAUGUUGUGAACCCAAUGUCAUCUCUUCAGUUGGAAGCUCAUCCCAUUUUACCCAUGGCUGCUUGUGGUGUUCCCUACAUGAUGGGGGUCCCUGCUAACGUGCCCACUGCUUUACCGGAAACCAAAGUGAUUCAAGGAGUAUCAUUUGUGCCAAUGCCAAGUUUCUCAGGCUCCAAUUUUCUCUUCCUGCCUAAUUCCCAUCGGAGCUCCACUACUUCACUGCUGUCCACGACCCGAAUGCCUCAGUUUCUUGGAGGAAGCUCAUCUCAGGCGAGCCAGGGUGCUUCAUCUACUCAAAAGGACAAUUUGGAACUUAGUAUUCGACCACCUGAGAACCAGAAAGGGACGGAGUUAUCUUCUCAGACAUCUGAAGCCAUUAGGGUGAUCUGAAACUUCUUUUUGAAUAAUUUUGGUUUGCUACCAUGUGGUCUUAAAUUUUGUAAGUGACAAAAGUGAAUUUUCUAAAACAUUUGAAUUUUCAUUUGUCAUUGAACCGAUAAAAAUUGAAGUUGAUUGACCAUAAUAUAUAUAUACAUAUGGGGUUGGUCAAAA